CCCGCCCCGCGCGAGGGGAGGGGGUGUGGGUCACGUGGGCGCGCGCGGCUCCGCGCAGGUCCCCCCGCCCGCCGCCCCCGCCAUGCAGCGCGCGCCGGGCCAUGCCCGCGGCUCGUGGCUCUGCUGACUCAGCGGCGGCUCACGGGGUACCCCAUGGGCUCACCAGUGUCCUUCGUCCUCUCCAGGAUGGCGUCCUGCGGAGGGACCACCAAAAACAAAGUGACGGUAUCCAAACGCGUUUGGGACUUCUUGACCAAGGAGAGCCCGGCCAAGCUGACUCGCCUCAAGGAGGAAACCAAGGUCACCAUUUUGGUCGACGGCGAAACGUCGGACAUUUACGUCCUCCAACUCUGCGUUCCCACCGCCGGUCCACCCGGAGGUCUUUGUCCGGCACGAAAAGCCCUCAAAGCUCUUUUGAAGGAAACCGAGAAAGAGUUGAAGAAGAAGACAACUCAACGCCACGGCGAAUUGCUCGGUUGCGUUUUGGAACCCGGUGGUGGAGCUAAUUUAGGAAACCGAGGCCCAAGCGGAAGCCGUGGUGGUGGUGGUGGUGGUGGUCCCACAGCGGGAUGUUCUCGAGAUGAAGAACCGGAACGGCAAUGUCCCAUUUGUCUUGGAGAGAUCCAGAAGAUGAAGACGUUGGAGAAGUGCCGCCAUUCUUUCUGCGAGGACUGCAUCACGCGGGCGUUGCAGGUCAAGACGGCGUGUCCCAUGUGCGGGAGGUUCUACGGGCAACUGGUGGGCAACCAACCACCCAACGGGCGGAUGUUGGUCACCAGGGACGCCGGGUUGCUCCUGCCCGGUUACGAGAAGUUUGGCACCAUCAUCAUCCAGUACGUCUUCCCACCCGGCGUCCAAGGGGUGGAGCACCCCAACCCCGGCGUGCGGUACCCCGGCACCACGCGAGUCGCUUACCUUCCCGACUGCCCCGAAGGGAAUAAAGUUUUGGCUCUGUUCCGGAAAGCCUUCGCGCAGCGCCUGACGUUCACCGUCGGUACCUCGAUGACCACCGGACGCGCCAACGUCAUCACCUGGAACGACAUCCACCACAAAACCAACUGCACCGGUGGACCCCAACUUUUCGGGUACCCCGACCCCACGUAUCUGUCGCGGGUGCAGGAGGAGCUGCGCGCCAAAGGCAUCACUGACGACUGAGGGGGGGCCAAGGGUGGGGGGACCCCACUGCCAGAGGACCCCCCCAUGGGCACUGGGGAGCCCCCUCAGACAGAGGGGACCCC